GAACCAGGACGAAGACACUACCUACCUGAGGAAGUGAAGAAAGAUCGAAUAGAGCAGAUCCAACAUUAUCUCGCUGAUUAAGAGCCAAUCUUUUCGUCGCGAUUUAUUAAUAUUUUCACAACGACGUCUCAUCAGAGAUCACUGUCGAUCGGAGAAGUCAAGUUCGUUAAGAGCAAGAGAAGGCGGAAACAUCGGUCAUCAUGGCGAGUGUAAACGUCAAUCGCAAUGUCAGCGAUGCCUUUUAUCGUUACAAGAUGCCGCGGAUCCAGGCAAAAGUGGAAGGCAAAGGAAAUGGCAUUAAGACAGUGAUCGUCAACAUGGUGGAUGUGGCGAAGGCGAUUGGUCGUCCGGCUACGUAUCCGACCAAAUAUUUUGGAUGCGAGUUGGGCGCCCAGACGCAGUUUGAUUUCAAAAAUGAGCGUUUUAUCGUCAACGGUUCGCAUGACGCAACAAAGCUGCAAGAUCUAUUGGACGGUUUCAUUCGAAAGUAUGUCCUUUGUCCGGCCUGCGACAAUCCGGAAACCGAACUGAUGGUUAGUUCGAAGAAAGGCACGAUCUCGCAAGGUUGCAAAGCGUGUGGACAUCAUGGCCUUCUGGAAAGUAAUCACAAAUUGAACACGUACAUCUUGAAAAAUCCGCCGAGUUUAAAUCCAGCAGUGCAGGGCAGCUCAUUGACUGAAGGUAAACGCGGCAAACGCUCGAAACGCGCCAAUGGCGACGCUGCAGCGACAGUCACCACCGCUACUGCUACUACCAACGGCAACGAUCGAUCCGGUUCGCCAGAAAAUGACGUCAACAACUCUACAGACAUCGUGGUAGAACCACCGCCAGAGAGAACGAUCACCGACAAUGGAGAUGACGAUAAAUGGGCGGUGGAUGUGUCUGAGGAGGCGGUCCGAGCUCGUCUUCAAGACCUGACGGAUGGUGCGAAGGGUAUGACCAUCAGCGAUGAUCUUGAGAAGAGCGAAAAAGAACGUAUGGACAUGUUCUACAAACUGGUCAAAUGCCGUCGCGAUGCCGGUCAACUUGAUAAUAAUCACAAGGAGAUCUUGGCCGAGGCGGAGCGUCUUGAGAUUAAGACCAAGGCACCGUUGAUUCUUGCCGAGCUGUUAUUCGAUCAAGGAAUCGCCGCACAGGCGAAGAAAUACCGGGUGCUAUUGCUGCGCUUUACUCACGACGACAUUAAGGCGCAGAAAUAUUUGAUCAGAGGAAUCGAGCAAGUAAUUGCGUUGCAUAAGGAUGCCCUGAUGCCAAAGGUUCCUGGAAUCCUCAAGUUGUUUUACGACGCUGAUAUUCUGGAAGAGAAAGCAUUUGACGAGUGGUCGAGCAAAGUCAGCAAGAAAUAUGUUUCAAAGGAUCUGUCGCAGGAGAUUCACGAUCGAGCUGCACCAUUUUUAACAUGGUUAAAAGUUGCAGAGGAAGAGGAGUCUGAGUCCGAGGAAGAAGAUGAUGAUGUUGAGAUUGAAUACGACGAUAGAGCCAAGCAGGAAUCCCUGAAACAGCAGCCGCCGGCCACGCCAAAAUCUACCGCCGCUACCACCGUCGCUACCGCCGUGAACAAUGAUUCCGAGGAUGACUUUGAUAUCGAUGCCAUUUAAAGCAUAUGCACAGACAUACACGUACACACCGUAUACACCGUACAGUACACCCAGCCCAAAUAUAUACAUGCGCGACGGAUGACAAGAAAUGCUGGUCCAAGUCGUAAUAUCCGGAUGAUUAUUUUCCGCCCCAACAGAAUUGUGCAAAUGCAAUCUCAAGUUAUACGCAAAUAGAUAUAGGAUUUUUGUUGUUUUAGGCUGAUGAGAAAUGACAUAAACAUUAAACAAUACCGUUUACUGAACGAAGAAAAGAAAAAAAAGGCGAGAAAUUUUAACUGUUCCUAAGAGUUUAGCGUGAUUUAUCUAUGUACAGUAUAUUCGCAAUACUUUUAAUUGUUUUAACGAUGCAAGCUUCUGCAUUUAUCGAGAUCGUUAUUUCUUUAUUUCUAAUAAUUGAUCGAUUGUUGUCGAAACUUUUUAAUAGCGCGUGUAUAUCUUGAAAUGCAUCUCCCUUUCAGGUAAAAGACAUUGAUAGAGUUCAUGAGCAUUAUUAUACCGGGAAAUUGGCCUGCUAAAAACGUUCUUUAUUGUAUUAUCUUAUUCUAAUUAUUAUUCAAAUAAAUAUGGUUUAUUGCAAUGAU